AUGCAGAUUUUCGUGAAAACCCUAACCGGGAAAACCAUCACCCUCGAGGUCGAGAGCAGCGAUACCAUCGACAAUGUCAAGACCAAGAUUCAAGACAAAGAAGGUAUCCCUCCGGAUCAGCAGCGUUUGAUUUUCGCCGGUAAGCAGCUUGAAGAUGGACGCACCUUGGCCGAUUACAAUAUCCAGAAGGAAUCUACUCUUCAUCUUGUUCUCAGGCUUCGUGGUGGAAUCAUUGAACCUUCUUUGAUGGCUUUGGCGAGGAAAUACAAUCAAGACAAAACCAUUUGCCGCAAAUGCUAUGCUCGUCUUCAUCCUAGGGCUGUUAACUGCCGCAAGAAGAAGUGUGGACACAGCAAUCAAUUGAGGCCAAAGAAGAAGAUCAAGUAG